CUUAUGGGAACUGGUUUCACAAAUCCCCCUUCUCUGAGUGGACAAAUUGUUUGGUUCGAGGGUCGCUUGGUCCAGUGUUCCGGAAAGCAAGUGCUUACUUGAAAAGGGGCCAACAAUGUGUCCGAGGGGUAAAAGAGAGGGCCUACGAGGGCGACAAAUUAAAUUAGGCUUAACAAGGACAUUAAGAGGGAAAGUACCUGAGGAUUAAAGAGCAUUAUGGUGAAGUGGUAAUUCACAGACCCAGAGCACAAAGGAUCCAACCAGUGCAUUACUUCAAGAGAGAGGAGAGGUCAUCUAGAACCAGACCCAUGCAGACUUUCUACGCAUCUCUCUGGGGAUCCACUGUGCUGUUGAAAUCUGCUCAUAUCCGCUAGCCUGACCAAUCAGAGCAGGCGUGGAAUGAAUCAAGGACUGAGAGAAUGGGUAUUCUCCAGGUUCUUUGACAACAUGUUGCUCUGUUCUAGGGAGCUUCAAAAGAGCUGAAAACCUUAUGUAUGUUAAUUGAAGUGAGUUGCUUUAGGCUCUUGUCACCUUACCCAUUUUGUGACAUAAUUUGUGAGAGGAGUGCUAAUACACACAUACAUGUGUGCAUGAAAUAAAAACCAACCUACACACUGGAAAGAAGAAUUAGAACCCAUUAGAAGAAAGAAGUAUCAGAGUGAGUGUAUGUGUGAAUGUGAAGCAGAAGGAGGGUGGUCACUAACGGGAAUAAAAGGAUAUGGAGGGGGUGGCUUGACACAAUACAUCUGUGGUUGCAGUAAUGAGAGAGAGAGAGUUCUGAACUUAUGUAAGAAGGAGUGGAGGUAAGAUAAGAAUGUGAAGCUGGGUUGGAAAAUAUAAACCAAAACAAGAGAGAAAAUACAUUGGCUGUAGUGAGGGAAGAGAAAGGAACAGGGGAAGGAGAAGCAGAAGGACUGCUUGUACAGAGACAAGUAGAGACUUAAAAGCUGAGAAGUGUUGCCAAACAGGAUACUACUGAAUUCCAUUCAACAUGGAAAAUAUGGAGCUGCCACCUCGACCAAAACUCUUUGACUUCCAUGGAGUCUCCAUGACCCACUAUUUCACUGACAACUGGGAGAACAUACAAAACUUCCAGGCCAGGCCAGAUGAUAUCCUCAUUGUCACUUACCCCAAAGCAGGUACCACAUGGGUCUCCUACAUUCUAGACCUGCUGUAUUUUGGUCAGUCAGCCCCUGAGCGUCAGACUUCACUGCCUAUCUAUGAGAGGGUGCCUUUCCUGGAGAGUGACUUCCAUAUUCUCCCUCCAGGAACAGAGCUGGCAGACAAGUUAUCCACUUCUCCUCGCCUCAUCAAGACUCACCUCCCAGUCCAGUUGGUACCCAAGUCCUUCUGGGAGCAGAACUGCAGGGUAGUGUAUGUGGCCCGUAAUGCCAAGGACAAUGCAGUGUCUUAUUUCCACUUUGACCGUAUGAACCAGGCACAGCCAGAGCCAGGAGACUGGAACAACUUCUUACAGAGAUUCAUGGAUGGAAAGAUGGUGUUUGGUCCCUGGUAC